AUGGCCUCUCCCCAGCAUCAGCAGCUGCUGCCUCACAACACAGAGGUGAGCUGUGACUCUAGUGGAGAUGGAGGCGUCUCGGUAAGAAUUGGCAGCGGUGUCAAACACAAGCACGGAGGUGGGCCGCUGGGUUCAAUCGGGGGAAGCCUCAUGGGGGGCACGAAGCAUUGCAAGUACAGCAUUUCAUCAAGCUGUAGCUCCGGAGAGUCUGGACUGAGAAGGCCUGCGGCCAAGAGUUUCCGUGCUCAAAAGAAGAUGCCUCAGCUUUUUGAGAGAUCAGCCGGACAUUUUUGGGACCCAAAGUUUGACUCCUCCAUCCUGGAAGAGGCCUGUAGAGAACGGUGUUUCCCUCAGACGCAGAGGCGCUUCCGCUAUGUGCUCUUUUACCUGGUUGCUUCCAGCUUCCUCUGGGGAUUGUACUUUGCUGCCAACCCAUCGCGCUGUAACAAGGCUACCUUUCUCCUCCCCACCGCUUCCUUCCUACUUUUUUGCCUCCUCCUCUUCCUUUUAACCUUUACCAAGCUGUAUUCUCGCUACUACAACCAAGUAUCUCUGCUGCUUAUCCUUGUAACCUUCAUCUUAACCCUGGGCCCCCAGAUCCAGACAGCAGGGUUUAGGGACCCAGACACCACCACGCCUUCGAUUGAUGCAGAAGAAUUCAGUGGCAUGGAGCCUGCAUACAACCAGUCCUAUGAAAAACUUGUGGGAGCUGGCAUCCUUCCCCCCUGUCUGUCUACUGUGGGUACCUUCUCCCUCUGCAUUGAAGUUCUGCUGUUACUGUACAGUGUUCUCCAUGUCCGCCUGUAUGCCUCUGUCCUUCUAGGGUCUCUCUACUCUGUCUUCUUUGAGUGUUUAGGCUGGCUGCAUCUCACUCAGGCAGGGGAUGGCUGGAGCUUAGCUUCCGCGUCAGACUGGGACACUCUGAGCUGGUUGGGCCCAGCCAAAGCCUUGCUCCAUCUCUGCGCUCAUGCCAUCGGCAUCCACCUCUUCAUUAUGUCCGAGGUACGGUCACGCAGCACCUUUCUUAAAGUCGGUCAAGCCAUUAUGCACGGCAAGGACCUGGAAGUGGAGAAAGCUCUGAAGGAGAGGAUGAUCCACUCCGUUAUGCCCAGAAUUGUGGCCGAUGAGCUGAUGAAGCAGGGGGACGAUGAGCUUGGGGAUAAUUCUGUUAAACGUUACUCCACCAGCGGUGCAGCUGCUGCCAUCUCCAGCCCCAAAAACAACAAACGCAAGAAAACCUCCAUCCCCAGAGGACAGAUCAUUUUCAGACCUUUCAACAUGAAACGGAUGGAGCCCGUCAGUAUUCUCUUUGCGGACAUUGUGGGCUUCACCAAAAUGUCCGCCAACAAAUCUGCCCAUGCCCUUGUUGGACUUUUAAAUGACCUGUUUGGGCGUUUUGAUAGACUGUGUGAGCUCACCGGCUGUGAAAAGAUCAGCACCCUCGGAGACUGUUACUACUGUGUGGCCGGCUGUCCAGAACCCAGACCGGAUCAUGCAUAUUGCUGCGUAGAGAUGGGCCUAGGAAUGAUUCAGGCGAUUGAACAGUUCUGCCAGGAAAAGAAGGAGAUGGUGAACAUGAGGGUGGGCGUCCACACUGGGACUGUUCUGUGUGGCAUACUGGGCAUGAAGCGCUUUAAGUUUGAUGUUUGGUCAAACGAUGUCAAUCUUGCCAAUCUGAUGGAGCAGCUUGGUGUCGCUGGAAAGGUCCACCUCUCGCAGGCUACAGCCAACUUCCUGGAUGACAGAUACAAGCGUGAAUAUGGACAGGUUAUUGAGAGGAUAGGCCAGAGCGUCGUGGCGGACCAGCUCAAAGGCCUUCGGACCUACCUGAUCUCAGGCAGGAAGGUUGAGCCUAACUCUCACUGUAACUGCUCCCAAAAGGGGUUGUCGGAACUGGCAGAUCCUCGGUGUCCCAUGCCCAGAGUGCCUACACCUGAUGGCGCACCUUCUGCCUGCAGUCUGUCCCAAGACAGGGCCAAGCCCCCUUGCCUGUCCUGCAGCGUUGCCCUGACAGCCGGGGAGGAUCAAGUUUUGGAAGAAGGCACGGCAUAUAAUGGCUGCCACGAUGAGCAUAAAACGAACGACAGCAAGGACUCUUCAAAUCUGAAGUGCUCCCCUGUGGUGUCUUCUGGGCGCAGCCCCAACGCUGUGAAUGGCCUGCUCAGUCCUAAACUAGAGGCCUUGACUAACAGCCAGACAUCGCUGUGUGAGAUGCUACAGGAAAAGGAGAAGAAGACAUGGAGCGGAGGAGCCAUGGGGAUGGACCACUCGGCGCUAAUCCCUCUGCGAUCCAAAAACUUCAGGGAGAGGAGUGAUGCUCAUUUUGUGGAUGUUAUCAAGGAAGACAGUCUUAUGAAGGACUAUUUCUACAAACCUCCGUUACACAAGCUCAGCCUGACUUUCCUGGAGAGAAGCCUGGAAUCUGCUUACCGGAUAAGCUACCAGGAGGAGGUGGAGAACCAAACAGCAAUGCAGACUUUUGCCAGCCCGACAUUCAGUUCUUUCCUGGACAUGCUGUUUAUGGCUUUCUAUCUGGAUAGUGUGCUCAGCUGCACUCGGGUGCUGAUGAGAUCCCUCUCCGGCUGGGCAGUCCGGCACAUUAUUGGAGCUGUCCUGGUGUCUCUGCCUUCUGUGGCAGUCUUCUCUCACCUCACCUGUGACAUGCAUUUCUCCAUUCAGUUUACCAUGUUCCUCUGCUGUGCAGUAGUUAUAGCCAUCGUUCAGUAUUGUAACUUCUGUCAGCUCAGCUACUGGAUGCGCUCAACAAUAGCAACACUAUUGGGAUUGGCAAUUCUUGCCUUGCUUUUUAGCUCCCCCUGCAGGUCUGAUGGUCAGAACAACAGUGGCAACAGCUCAUUUCUGCUGAGCAACUCGACAGCUCCUGAUCCACGACCCCACCCAAAAGACUUUCUUGGUCCCGAGGUCUGUGUGGCCUUUUUCCUGCUCCUUCUCCUCGUCUGGUUUCUUAACCGGGAGUUUGAGGUCAGUUAUCGUUUGCAUUAUCAUGGAAAUGUGGAAGCUGAUCAACACCGCAUCAAGAUUCAAAACAUGAGGGACCAGGCUGACUGGCUGCUUCGCAAUAUAAUUCCAAUCCACGUGGCAGAGCAGCUUAAGGUCACCCAGAGUUACUCCAAGAACCACGACAAUGUGGGCGUGAUAUUUGCCAGUAUUGUGAACUUCAGUGAGUUUUAUGAAGAAAGUUAUGAGGGCGGUAAAGAGUGUUAUCGUGUUCUCAAUGAGCUGAUCGGGGACUUUGAUGAGCUCCUACGGAAGCCAGCCUUUGCAAAUAUUGAAAAGAUCAAGACGAUUGGUGCCACCUAUAUGGCUGCAGCUGGACUUAAUUCCCAGCAGUGUGCGGAUGCCGCCCAUCCUCACGCUCAUCUCCGAGCUCUUUUUGAAUUUGCUCUGGAGAUGAUGCGAGUGGUGGAUGACUUCAAUAAGAACAUGCUGGGCUUUGGCUUCAAGCUUCGCAUUGGAUUUAAUCAUGGACCUCUAACGGCAGGGGUAAUCGGUACCACUAAGCUUCUCUACGAUAUCUGGGGUGACACUGUCAACAUUGCCAGUCGUAUGGAUACAACGGGCGUGGAAUGUCGUGUCCAGGUUAGUGAGGAGAGCUAUUGUGUGCUCAGUGGCAUGGAUUAUGAAUUUGAUUAUCGCGGUACAGUCAAUGUCAAAGGCAAAGGUCAAAUGAAGACGUUUCUUUACCCUAAAAGCAGUGACAGUGGUCCUGUGCCUCAGUACCAGCUCUCAGUCUCUCCAGAAAUCAGAGCCCAGGUGGAUGGCAGCAUAGGGCGCUCGCCUACUGAUGAAAUAGCCAGUAUGGUGCCCACAACCAGCAUGACGGCAAAAAGUACCAAUGCUAUGGUACCAAGUGCCAGCACUGGCUCCUCAAACACAAAAGGGCUUGGCCAAACGAGAGAGGCUGAAGUCCAUCAAAGACGUCCUUCCGCUGAGACCUCCUGUGCCAGGCGGUCUUUGUCUCACAGUGGCCUGGCAUCGGCACCCAUAAGCAGUCCGGAAGGACCCUCUUCCAAAAACAAAGAGAUCCCGGUGUCCUCCUUGAUCAAGCAAGAUACUCCAAAAAACUCAGCAAGGUCCCUGAAAGUCACAAAGAUGGACACACAUAACUGA